UAGAUGGAGGUGCCACCACGGCCUGAACUAUUCGACUUCCAUGGUGUCUCUAUGACAAAAUACUUCACUGGAAACUGGGAAAAUGUGCAGAACUUUAAAGCGAGACCAGACGACAUCCUUAUAGCUACUUACCCCAAAGCAGGAACCACAUGGGUGUCUUACAUACUUGACCUCAUGUAUUUUGGUCAGACAUUGCCGGAGCGUCAGGCAACCGUCCCGCUCAAUGAAAGAGUUCCCUUCCUUGAGAUCACGGCCCCUUUUGUCAAAUCAGGAAAAGAGCUGGCAGAUACACUACCAACUUCUCCUCGCCUCAUUAAAACUCAUCUUCCAGUCCAGUUUGUGCCCAAGUCCUUCUGGGAGCAGAACAGCCGGAUAGUCUAUGUGGCCCGUAAUGCCAAAGACGAAGCGGUGUCAUUUUUCCACUUUGACCGCAUGAACAAGAUCGAACCGGAGCCGGGAGACUGGAGCAGCUACCUGCAGAGGUUCAUGGAGGGAAAGAUGGUGUUUGGAUCCUGGUAUGACCAUGUAACUGGCUGGUGGGAGAAGAAACAAAGUCAUUCAAAACUUCAUUACAUGUUAUAUGAAGAUCUGGCUGAGGACACUGGACGAGAAAUAGACCGGCUGUGCUCGUUUCUCGGCCUGUCCCUCUCAGCUGACGAGAAGGACAGAGUCAGAGAAAAAGUGCAUUUCGACAAAAUGAAAAAUGACCACAUGAACAACUUCUCAUCGGUCAAAAUCAUGGACUUCAAGAUCUCUCCCUUCAUGAGAAAAGGAAAGGUUGGUGACUGGAAGAACCAUUUCACCGUAGCCCAAAAUGAGCAGUUCGAUGAACACUACAAGAAAAAGAUGAUGAAGUCCACACUUCAGUUCCGUACGGAAAUUUGA